AUGUCGUUCGAACGUGACUGCAUUUCGUUCAAGGUCCUACUCGAUAAUGGUGCCGACCCACACUGUGCCGCUGAGAGUUACAGUCAUACUACUCCGAUGAUGGCGGCUGCGAGUGCUGUGUUCUACAUCCCAGCCGAUCUUCCACGUUCCUUAGUCCGUAAGGCUCUUGGAGAAACCGAUAUCAACAUGAAAUGGACCUGUAUCGUUGGGGCCGCGCGCUGGGGCCAGCAGACUUCCACAGUGAAGCUCCUCGUAGAAUGCCUUCGUCUCUGCCCCGGAAUACAAGGAGCAUUCGUGACGGAGCAGCUGGCUACAGCUGCCAAGUGGGCCAGACUCGGUAAGCAUGAAGACAUCUCAGAGGUCUUGGCUCGAUACGGCUCCGUGAGUACUCCUGAGGACUAUGAGACCAAGCUCGAGCUCUUGAAGAAGCUGUUGGGCGUUGAUUAA